CUUUUGUUGUUAUGUAAUCAUUACCUAACCCACACAGGUAUAUAACACCUAUAACUCAGCUUCUUUUCUUCACACUGUUUCUGAAAUCUGAUCACAUUACCUCCAAAACAGCUGAACACAAUGGGAGCUCAUAGCAUCGCCCGUAUAGCCACUAUAGUGGUCUCGGUUGUGGUAUAUAUAGCUGGCAUCACACUCAACAUCCUUUCCGCGCGAGGGACAGGUCCUUUCUUGAUGACAACUGGAAACAUCUCUGAUACAUACAACACACAAAUCACUCCGUCUGGAUGGACCUUCUCGAUCUGGGGUGUUAUCUAUUUCUGGUUAACUGCUAUGCUUAUCUACAUUGUAUCUACUAUAUUCAGAAGGAAUGCCUUUGGACCGAUGUAUUGCAACCAUUCAGUGCUUCCGUACGGCUUCUUCAUCAGCUGGAUUCUGAAUAUCCUGUUUAACAUUAGCUGGCUUCUGCUGUGGGACAGAGAGGUGAUGAUCGCAGCGUUGAUCAUGCUUGCUUUAGUUGCAUUCACAAACUACACAAUGAUUUUCUUCUCCUGUCGUGGACUUAAAGAAUACGGCGCAUGGUUAAACAAGUAUCAUAACAAGGAUCUCUGGUGCAUUCGUAUACUGGUUCAGAACGGCCUGGCUGUGUACACAACGUGGACGUCUAUCGCUACCCUGAUUAACCUGACCAUAGUGGUGAGCUACGAUGCUGGAAUGAGUAAAUCAGGUGCAGCAACACUGUCACUCUCACUGCUGUUGGUGGAGGUCAUCGUUUGGUUUGUUCUGGAGAACAGUUUUCUUGACAAGCACGUACGCUACAUCCUGACCGUCUACCCUGUCAUCAUCGUUGCUUUAUCUGGAAACAUGACCAAGAAUUUUGACGCUUCAGCUCCCGGAACCAACGGUGUAUUUACAGCAUUGCUGCUUGCUUUAGCCUGUGUGCUGUUUGUAAUAAAGGUGUGUUUGGUCAUCUGGAGGCACAUAAAACAUCCCAUCUACAGUGACACGCACACACAGGAAGUCACGGCACAGAUAGAGAAUGCUUCAAAGCAGUAACGUUUCUCAGGGUGAACAGUAAAUCUGUACCUGUACCUGUAAAAUGUAUAAAUUAAAUUUUUAUUGCUUUUGCUGUUAUAAUGUAUUGUAGAAUAAAAUAAUUAUAUUGUAUGAUUCAGUAAUUGUGGGGAAGUUAAAGCACCCAGAAACACACAUGUUUGAUGUGCUUAGUGAUUUGGGUGCUAAUAAUUUGAUUGCUUCUGUAUUUCUGAAAUGUAUUAUUAUCAGAGAUAUAUUAUAGAAUAUAAAGUUGUUUUUUUUUUUAAAAAAACAGAAAUAAAGACACUGAUAAAGACAUCUGUUCCAUAUAAUUUAAUCAAAUAUGAAGUCUAUUAAUUGUUCAGUAAAAUAUCGCACAUGUAUUGUAAUUCUGUUGUUC